AUGACUGCAACUCCCACCCCAAAGACCGAACGCUCCACCCUCACCGAACACAAAACCAUGGCAAACAACCCCAGCGCAUCCAACCCCGCCGCGGCUGGCGCCAUCAUCCAACGCUUCGCCAACGCGCAAGAGGCGCGCCACCACCUCAAUGAGAAGGUGCCCAGGUGGACGCCGCCCUCCGAGCACCCGGACCAGAGCCGCCGCCCCACCACCCCAUCCGGCGAGUACGCCUACGUGCGCGCGGCCGUCCACUCCAUCAGCGUCGGUCUCCAGGACGCCGCCGUCGCAUACACGUCCGAUACCACCGUCACCCCCACCAACUUCGCUGUCCACGAGACCCGCUACCGCGUCGAAGCGCGCGCGUGGCUGCUCUUCGAGGCUCUCAAGCGCCUGCACGACGGCGGAUGCACGUUGCGGUACACGAUGGACUUCUCGGGCCACUUCGGCGGCGAACUUGGGGAUAGGGAGCUCAAGUUCCGCGAGCGCUGGGUCGCCGUGUGCAAGUUGCUGCAGCGAUUUCGCAGCGCGGCGGGGAUGGUGGCGUCGGGGUCGACGGAGGAGAUUCUGGAGGCGUAUGUUGCUGCGCCGCUGGCGAUGGGAAGGAAGAUGGAGGAGGACGAAAGGCUGGCGAGUGAGGGAAGGGAAGAGAAGAAGCUGAAGUUGGCUCCGUUUCCGAAGCCACGUUCUACUCCGAAGUCGUCUCCUACUCUGAAGCGGCUUCUGCCUAUCAAUCCGUCCUCUUCUGAUGAGCAGGAAGCGAGGGAAGAGAAGAAACGAAAGCUGGAUUUGGAGCCGCUGACUUCGGAUGAUCUGGCAGAGAUCUCGGAUGACGAAGAGAUGAAGGCCCAGAAGGCCAGGAAGGCCGAGCUUGAGAAGUGGUUGAAGAACUACAUUUGA